AUGCGUUCCCCAAUCGACUUCGUGAAGGAUCGCCAUAAUGGCCGGUACCGUGAGAGCAUCGACAGCGAUGACUACCCUUUAGCGCAACCCCGGAAUGAAACCGAGCAACCAUCAACGAAUGGACCUACUGCUCUUCCAUCGUUGCCAGAACCAUACUCGGCUUUCUCGGUGAAUCGCAGAAGAUUCAUUCUAGGCGUCGUUACAGCGGCGGGCUUCUUUGGACCACUAUGCGGAGCUGUUUACUUGCCUUCUCUGAAGAUCUUCGAGAAGAUCUUUGAUGCAUCGGAGACUGCGGUAAACGGUACAGUCUCAAUGUAUAUGAUGGUGUUCGCCAUUGCCCCUCUCUUCGGCGCUGCCGCCUCAGAUCUAGGCGGAAGGAAAACAGUGUACAUAGUCGGACUCGGCAGUUUCCUCGUCGCGAAUACCCUACUUGCUGUGCUGCCACCACAUAUCGCGGAGCUGUACAUUCUCCGUGUCUUCCAGGCAUUCGGAUCAUGUAUCGUCUUCUCCGUCGGAGCCGGUACCGUUGCCGAUAUCACUGAGCCUGCCAAACGUGGAACCGCUUUAGCAUGGUUUUUAAUGGGACCUCAGCUUGGCCCUGUCCUUGGUCCGCUUAUUGGUGGUGCACUCGCGGACGAGAGUAGAUGGCGAUGGAUAUUCGGUUUCCUCUCGAUCGCAAGUUUUCCGGUAUAUCUCCUCAUCGUCUUCUGUACGCCAGAGACACUGCGAUCGCUGGUAGGCAACGGCGCACCUGUCGCAAAUCAGCCUUGGUUUUCGAUACCCAAGUUCCGGACACAGCCUUGUACAGACUCGAGGGCUCCGAAAGCUCCCCGUCCAACGCCUCGAAAGUUCCUGCAUCUUCUCAAAUACCCUCCACAUUUGAUCGUUUCCUUCAACGGAGCAUUCCAGUUUGCUGGACUGUAUGCCAUUUUCAUCUCUUUUGCCACCAUUUGGCAGGAGGCUUACGGUUGGACGGCAGCAGAGACUGGGUAUGCCUAUAUAUGUCCUGGUAUUGCGAUGUUCGUUGCUUCGAUGGUCGUCGGUCGACUUUCCGACCGGAUGCGGAAGAGGGCUCUUGCGAAGAGCUCUACUGGCAAGGUUGCACCUGAGCGAAGAAUUACCAUCCAGAUCUUUGGCUUCGUCAUCGCUGCGGCUGGAAAAAUUAUGUUCGGCUGGUUUGCGCUCGCUCAAUUUCACCCCGCAGCGGUCCUCUUCUGUACGGCUUUGGCUGCAAUCGGCAUGUCUAUCAUCUUCGUCACCAGCACAUCCUUCCAGACUGAGUGCGACCCUGGCCAGGCGGCUAGUCUAGUGGCUUUGGCAGGAUUCAUGCGCAACAUGGCUGCCGCGAUCUCCUCACUGAUCAUGGCCAGCAUUUUGGAUGCAAUGGGUUGGGGUUGGGCGUUCACCGGUCUGGGAAUCAUAGAUCUCCUCUGUAUACCAGGAAUCAUCCUGGUCAUUUUCCGUGGUCCAAAGUUCCGACAGGAGUUGGAACGCGGGCAGCAGCCAAAGAAAUAA